AAAGAGUCAUUCAUUCGUGAAUCAAAUAGUGGUUCGUAAACGGAACAAACAGUCCGUCAGACCGGUGAGGUGAAUGAAAUGAGCAAAUACAGUUGCUGACCCCCCCAUGGAACAGGCCAGCGAUGAGGGGCUUUUAUUCAAAGCUGGACUCCUCAUCUUUGGGCAUGGCUAUGCCCCUGAACCUGGCCGUAGAGACAGAGAAAGCUCAGGCCCUGCUCCAGACCUUCAGCACUGCCUCUCUGCUGGCCAGCACAUGCCUGGGAGCUUUCUGUUUUCUCGCUGAUCACUUUCUGUCCCUGCCUUUCAUCCAGCAGCAUCUAUGGCUCAGGGCUGUGCUGGAUAAUGCGGUCCACAGCGUAGUCGGGCUCUGGUCCUGGGCCAUUGUGAUUGGUUUGAGGAAGAAAAGUGACUUCUAUGAAGUCGUUUUGGCUGGGUUCCUGGCCUCUGUCAUUGACCUGGACCACUUCUACAUGGCUGGAUCACUGUCGCUUAAAGCUGCUUUGAAUCUGCCCCACCGGCCGCCCCUGCACUGCUCCACACUGAUCCCAGCGCUGUGCUUCUCUCUGCGCUUCCUUAUGUGGGCGUGCCGGCUGAAGGACUCGUGGUGCUCCCUGCCCUGGAUGCUCUUCAUCUCACUGGCCUCGCACCACAUCCGGGACGGCGUUCGUCACGGCCUCUGGGUCUGUCCGUUUGGAAACACGGCACCCAUCUCCUACUGGCUCUACGUCACCAUCACGGCCACGCUGCCCCACCUGUGCUCUGUGCUAAUGUAUCUGACCGGUACAAGAGACAUGAUAUCCACCAAACACGGUGUCACCAUUGACGUCUGAUACACUUUGACGGGUUUUUAGUAAAGUUUAACACUUCAAACAUUUCCAUUCUAGCUCAUCCCCACAUACAAUAAUGGCUUUUUAUUGUUCCUGCAGUAUGUUUGAUACUUUUAACUAGUCAGUUAAUACAACCUCAUUUCACACCUUACCGUGACUGUGAAUAUUGACUGGGGCUGGGUGAAAUAACUAAUGAUUACAUGAACUUAUUUUUCAGCUUCAAUUUGGCUCUGUUUUUUUGUAUUGUUUUUGUAUUUGCUCUGAAAUGCAUUUUUGUUUUUAAUCAGAGGAAUCAAAUAGCUAUUGCUGACUACUACUGUAAGUCCGUUUGUAAUGUUUGAUCUAAGUACUAAAACAGCUUGUUUUAAGCAGCAACAGUGCAUAUUUUUACUAAAACAUUUUACUAUGUUAAAAGCAACAUUUAAACAGUAACUGUGAGCAGCUUGGAGUGAAGUUAAUCAGUUUUGUAUUUCAGCAGACAGUUUAACUCAUAUAAAUUAAUUUACCUUACACUUGUUUUCGUUUCCAGCGGUAGAAUCAGAGAUGCUGUAACUAGUCUAGACACAUGGUUUUUAAGGAAACUUAAGGGCCAGUCAUAAAGGUUUCAAUGCAUAAUUCACUCAAAGCAUAUUUUAUUCACAAUGUUGCCUAAUAUUAUAUUGGCAACAAAAUCAUUGUAAGUGUGUAAUGAGUAUUUGGUAUGUCGGCCUAGUGUAGAUGGUCUCUUGUCAACUAACAUAUUUUAAGGCUUCAACACGGUGUUGUCAUUUUUAGCUUAGUGGCGUAUGUUUUGAACUCGUCUACUUAAUUAUUGCCAUUUGAUUUUUUUCCAGAUGAAAUGACACGAGUCAUUGUAAAACUCAUAUUGUGAAGAAUGAAAAGAAUGGGUGUAUAUUGAUGCAUUGUGAGAGGUGAUGCUGUGUUGUAUAUUUGUGGUUGAAAAAUUGCUGCAGGUGUACUUGAAGGAUGUUUUCUACUUGUAUUUGUUUAACCUUAUACAACAGUAUGAAGAUCUAAUCAAAUUACUGGACUCUGAGAUAUUUGCUGCCUUUUUUAAAUCCAGGGAAUGAUUCAAUCCGAUCACUUUUGUUUUAUUUAAACCGCUUGCUAAUUCUUACACCAUUGUGAUACUGCUCUUCACUGUCUUUAUACACACUGUAGGUUUUACCGCACAAGGGUUUUUGUGCCAUUAUAAUUAUUGCAAUGCUUUUAAAUGGAAAGAAUAUUAUUGGAGCACGUGCAAGCCAUGUUGUUGAAAGCAGACUGAAAAACCAAAAACUGUUGUCAUAGACUGCUGAUGGGCUGACGUUCUUAAACUAUACUCAUCUUGGCAUUUUCUUAGGUUAAAUCAGUUAAGACUGUAAAGCAUUAGUAUGUAUAGGACAUGUAGUUGCAGUGCUCACUGUGUGCAUAUAUGACAUUAUUUAUUAUUGACAUUGUGUUUUUGGAAGCAAGGAUCAGGAUUGAACAGCCCUGUCAAAAAGGGCUUAAACAAUUGAAACUUGUGUGUUAAUGUGGAUACACAAAACGCCCUUCGCUUUAAUUAAACUGCACAUUUAUUUA